CAGACCAGGCAGAGAUAAGAGCAGAGAGCAGCGAUAAAGUUUGUUCAGAUCUCGAGACUUUGAGAAGAAGCUGCAGCAGUAAGCAGCAAAAUGUGUAAAGAAAGUAGCUUAAAGAUGCACUGACUGCCUUUAAAGCUGCACUGUCUGAAUCCUUUAACACUGCUUCAUGUUUUAACAUAUCAGUAAAAAAAACAGGAAAAUUAAAAUUCACCACAGAUUGAAGAGAAAUUGAACAUUAACUUACAAUGUAAGAUCUAAAAAAUAUCUAACUUUAUAUGAGUAAAUGUAUACAGUGUCAGUUUGUGUUCUUCUCCCUGGAGUCUAAACCUGCUGUUCACUCACUUAAUAUGCAUUCUGUUAAAUUAUGCACGAGCAGAGCCUUUGUUGCUCCCAUCAACACCUACUCUACAUCACUGCUGCUUCUCCAUCCUUCCCACCAAACUUUAACUCCAUCCAGCCUGGGAAAAGCAUUCAUCUGUUUUCUUGUUUUAUUUGGAGUCCUGGUUCCAUGUGAAUCCCCCCUCUCUCUCCCUCAGCCUCCUCUUCGUCUCUAAAUUCUGGCUCAUCAGCUGUUCUGGGGCUCUGGAGGCGGCCUCCUCUCUUUGUCUCGGCCUAUAGGCUAGCUGGCUAAAGCUAGUCGGCCCCUGCAUCACUUUCUGGGCAACUUUAGACUAGUCCACUCCUGCUUAGUGGCUGCAAAUUUCCGACUAACCCGCGGGGCUGAAGGGGGGACGCAGGGAAGGAAGAGCCCGACUGCUGGUGCCGCGAUGGGGAUGGACGGCAGCCAGAGCUGUGCGUGAGUGAGUGCACGGAUGGAAACAAUAAAUAAGUUUAUAGUAGCAGGAGUAGUGGUGCUGGUGGUGUAGGCUGGUACGGGGAGGUCGGGGGAUCCUUUGCUUUUGAUUUAUGUGUUUGGGGGAAGCUGUCAGGAGCAGAAACAGAAGCAGAGCGGCCCAGAGAUUUUAUUCCAGCGCUUUAAUAAUAACAGCCAGUAUGCAACAACGCGGACAGCGCUUUCAUCCUGCGGUCGUGGACGCUUUUAUACAGUCACUCCAGCCGCCUUUACGCAGCGUUCAGCGCGGCAUGCAGCUCUGGAUGGAUGCGUUUCUGGCCGGAGAGCUUCCUCCUGCUCCGGGGGCUCAGGCCGGCAGUAACCCUGGAUGUUGUCCGGGAUGAGUGCCUUCUCUCUGAAAGAUGCUCCGCAUAUUAUGGGCUGCGAGGAUUAAACAGCUGUUCGACUUAUGGGGUCCUUUUAUGACUUUUAUGGAAGUUAUUCUUUCUGUGAUUAUAGUGGAUGUGUUCAGCUACGAUGAGUAAAACGAGUUUAUUGCGCUUCAACUUUAUAAUAUUCUAUUUAAAAGAACCAGAUCCAGGAUUUAGACGCAGCCAGGCUUGUUGUUCAUUCUGAUUAUUUGCCAUUUUAAAUGCUGGUUUAAUUUUCUUGUGUGUAUCUAGUGGAUUAAUUUGCCAAUUUAUGAUGCUAACGGCCAAAGCAGCUAUUAGGAUAUUUCUGCAUGCAAAUAAGCGACGAUUUAUUAUUUUUGAGCAUUUUCUUUUCUUUCCAAUUUUGGAAUAAUUCCUGCUAUAUUUGGAAGUCCAGAAUGUUACUUUUAAAUUAUUUUUGGGAUAUUUUUCCAACAUUUUCUGUCUCUCCUGUUCUGGUUUGGAAAGUGGAGACAUGUUUCCUUUUUAAAUACUAACAUUUAUCAGAGAUUACUACUGCUGUUGUUGUUUUAAACAGACGGAAACAUGGUAAAUAUAAUAGGAUGUGUAAUAUGAUAAGCAGAAUCAAUAACACCUCGGAUCCUUUCCCACCCAGCCUUCAUCCUUCCCGCUGCUCUUUUUGCUUUUAUUCCGGGAAUAAUUUCAGGUCAGCAGUACCUGUCAGCGGCCCCAGCCGUUCGAUUCCACUACAAGAGUUCUUAGGAGCUUUCUGGAAGCCGUUUGCGUCCAUUAAAACACCAAGAAAAAAGAGAAAGUCUUUCGGUCAGACUGCAGGGGAACGUUGGAGAGACACCGUCACGUGACCCCCGGUACCAAAUGGUCUUCCGGCCGUGGCUCUCAACAAGGACCGGAGCACAAGCAGCCACUUCUCUCAGAAAUGCAGAAGACAACCUACUACGACAACUCCUCGACGCUCUUCGGUGGCUACUCGUCCUACCAGGUGCAGGGGGCGGCAGCGGCGGCCGCCAACGGCUUUGGGGGCUACGAUGCCCCGGUCCCAGUGUCCCACCACCAGCCGGCCUUCCAGUCGGCCACCCAUCUGGACGUGGAUUCGUACCAGCGCUCCGCCUGCUCCUUACAGUCUCUGGGCAGUAGCGGAGGCCACCAGCAGCAGCAGCUAGCCAAGACCAAGGAGCUGAACGGCAGCUGCAUGCGGCCCAGCCUGCCCCCUGAGCACCACCCCGGCUCCCAGGUGUCCCCUCCACUGCCCCCCAACCCCACUAACGGUAAUACCGGGGCUCAGCAGCCGGGUGGCAGUGCUGGGGCCUCCUCAGUCUCCAAAUCAGGCCCCAAUAAGUCCUCCAAUUCUUCCUCCUCCACAUCGUCCUCGACAUCAUCCUCCUCCUCACUGCCGCCCAACCCAGCCCUGGCCAAGCAGAUCUUCCCCUGGAUGAAGGAGUGUCGGCAGGCGACAAAGCAGAAAAACUGUUCACCCAGCAACAACUCUGGCAACGCAUCAGGAGGAGCUGAGAGUGGUAGUAGCGGGGAGAAGAGUCCUACCGGAGGCUCGUCGGCGUCUUCUAAACGGGCCCGUACGGCGUACACCAGCGCCCAGCUGGUGGAGCUGGAGAAGGAGUUCCACUUCAACCGGUACCUGUGCCGACCGCGGCGCGUGGAGAUGGCCAACCUGCUCAAUCUGUCCGAACGCCAGAUCAAGAUCUGGUUCCAGAACCGACGCAUGAAGUACAAGAAGGACCAGAAGUCCAAGGGCCUGAGCUCCAGCUCUGGAGGGCCCUCACCGACGGGCUCCCCUCCUCUGCCCAUGCAGUCUUCCGCCAGCUUCCUCAACUCCAUGCACCCCAUGGGGGGAGGUGGAGGAGGGGCCCCCGGCUACGACGCCCCGUCUCCGCCAUCCUUUGGCAAGCCCCACCAAGGAGUGUCUUACUCCAUGUCCACUGCCUAUUCCAACGUCCCCAUGAAGGGCUGCCCCCCCCAGCAGAAGUAUGGCGCCCCAGACCCAGACUAUGGUGACCCCCAUCCCCACCACAGCCUAGUGCAGGCCAACAGCGCUGGCUAUGGGACUCCCACCAACAUGCAGGCCAGUCCAGUGUACGUGGGGGGCGGCAGCUAUGUGGAACCCAUGCCUGGCUCGGGGCCCUCCAUGUACGGGCUAAACCACCUCGGCCCCACGCCUCCUCACCACCAAACCAUGGACUACAAUGGCGCAGGGCCCAUGUCGGCCGCCAACCAGCACCAUGUGGGUGGAGGGGGCCCCCCGGGCCCCUGUGACCCACCCACACACCCAACGUACACCGAGCUGUCGGCGCACCACACCUCGACUCAGGGCAGAAUCCAGGAAGCACCCAAGCUCACUCACCUGUAGCAGGUUUGGAACAAAUGACAACGUAGGAAAUAGUGAAGACGACACACAACAAGUAACACGACCUGACUCACUAACAGACUAACUAACACGUGGGGACUCCACUGCUGCAACGGGACGGCAGGACAGACAAAACCAGAGCGACAGGAACCAUCCGGUGGUUUGUCCGGUGCUCUACAGCCACAAAGGAACAGUCAGUGUUCAGUGCUGCUCCACCCUGUUCUCACUGCCUUCAUAAAGAGCGGCAUCAGAUCUGAUUAGAACCAGUGCUUUCCCUGCCACCUUAGAAGAGCAGCUAAUUUCAUUUUAAAAAGGCAGGUUGCAACUAGUAUCAAGUAGCACAGAUGGGCCAGAACCAGUCAUGUUGCCCAAUAAGCUGAUAAAAGGAAAAUCUCUGCAGUGUCAAAGUGCUGAAAUCAAUAGAAGUUGCCAACAUUUCUAAAGGUAUUAAAGAUAGUCUUCAGCAAAGGAACUUAAUCUGUAAGCCACUUACUAGUGUAGCCUUUUAUCAGAGUUUUUAACUUGGCUCACACAUUCAAUACUUCCUACGUUUUAGAGUACAAUAGCAGAUAUGUAGCUUUAAUUUUACAACUCCUGAGUCAUUCUACAGAGGUCUACAACUUGUCCAAGAACCCGUUAACAUCACUUCUUUACACUCUCUCAGCAUAUUCACUGGUCCCUGGGCAGUGAGGCACACUGUCAGCGUGGGAGGUGAGGUGUACAGUCAACUGUCCCCCAGGAGACACCCUCCCCACCCAUCCCCAAAAAUGUCAGGAGGCUCGUCUGGUGCAGAGACAUACUGGCAGCACCAUUGUUUAGUCACUUUUCAUUAGACUAAUAAUAUACGGCACAGUUAAUCAGAAAACGGAGCUGCAGACUGCUGGAUUUGGGCACAGCAGAUGUUAGGACAGUCAUCUGCUUUUGAUUAAAAAUAUUUGUUAUAAACAACAAAGAGAAGUUUAAAAUGAAAGAAAAAUGGCUGCAGAAUUCAUACUUAGUUACUAAAAAGGAUUUCUGGGCUUUUCCAAGCAGCUCUGUGUGGGUGGAGCAAACUGCAGCAGGAGUUCAGAUAGCAUGUAGUAAAAAAGCCUAUAAUGACUCUGUUAGAGCUAGUAUGUGGUUUAAAAUUAUACUUUGAUAAUAAAAUGUCCCCCUUAAGACACACAUAUACAAACAGCCAUCCCGCCUGGUAAAUGAAAUAGUUGAGAUUUUAAUGGGCAGUUAACGAGGUGGUUAGAUUUAUGACGCUGAGCUCUCUCCCCCUCCAGGCAACACAUGUUGUUGUCAGCCGAGCUGAGCUAUGUGGAGGGCUCUGCCUCUCCAUCAGCCGGGCAGAGGGAGCGAGAACAGGAAUAUAUGACUGGAGCCGGCAGCACUCAUCUUCCUCUGUUCCCCCCGUUUCACAGAGCACAUAAAAACCACCGGAUGGUCUCCCCCUUGCUGUCUCUUUUUGCCUCCUGCUGCACCCAUCUCUGUCCGUCCAGACCCAGUCACUACUAACCCACUGUCUGCUGUCUGUGGCAGCAGCACAGGGCUUCUGAAGGAGGCAAAAUCUCCCACAAUCCCCCACAGAUUGUGCCCCCCCACACACAUCCAUCAGCACACCCCUCCCAUCACUGGAACAGGGUUUAAGAAGCUACGAGCUCACAGGCUACACUAGCUCCCACAGACACACAUCAGUCUAAGCUAGCUGGUCACACCUCCACACAGCAACGCUAAGCUAGCUUCCUUUGGUUGACACACAUCCAGGCAGGGUACGCCAGCUGUUGACAACUUCAAACAAACACAUGAAAGGACAUGGAAGAGAAAUUUUUAAUGUUCUUAUUUUAGCACAUCAUCGACACAGGGUAAAUAAUAAGAGUGGAGAACACUAUUUAUUUAUGUUUGGGUAAGUCUUUACCCUCCUCUCUCUCGCUCUCUCUCUCCCUCCCUCUCUUUCUCUCUCUCUCUCCCCCUCUCUCUCCCUCUCUCUCUCUAUCACUUUGGAAGGGUUCACAUACAUUAGCGGACACCAAUGCGUAAAGUCCACAUUUUCUAUUGUUUUGUUUUGUUCUCACAUAUCUUGACUUUUAACGUGGAUACAGGGUAUAUAUUUGAACAAAAAUGCAUGUCCCAGAAAUCUGAGCCGAUGUGUACAAAGCACUUUUAAAGCAACCGGGUUCAUCAGUUGAACCGCCAGUGAGGGCACGGUAAACCCUUCCAGACUGUUUCUCUGUCCAGGACUGAAAACAACCUCCCUAAACUCACUGAUGUUCAGGAAGGACAUCCAUUCACUGGGUUGUGCUUAAAAGUGCACAUUUUACACAAAGGCUUUUCACAUCUGGGCAUCAUUGUUGCACUUAGAGUUUACAUUUUGAUGGUUAAAAGGUAAAAAAAUAAUAAUAAAAUCUUAUUUUGAAGACGGAAGGCCCUCCAAUCAAAGCGUCUUUCGCCAAUGUGUGUUCAAGUGAACAUUCAUAUAUAAAUAUUUAUUUGUUAUAGCCAGUUUAAAAAGACUUUCUGUUUUGUAUUAUUAUUAUUUAUCCUUCAUGUAUUUAUAUCGAGAAAAAAUACUGUACUUUUUUAGUAUUUACCUGUUAUGAAAGAAAAAAAAACAACAUUGUGUUUCUUCUUGUCCAUUGUACUGAAGUUACAUUUUUUUAGUUCUUGUAUUUUAGAAGAAAAUAAGUAGUUUUUAUGUUCCUAUAAUGACCCUUGUACAUAAAUGUCUUGGCUUGUACAGGGAAAAAGGCAAGGAUGGGGAUUGUGACCCAGCCGUGCAUAGUCAGAAAAUUUAGACAAACUAUUAGCUGGAAAAAAGAACGAGUCUUUUUGGAGAAAAACAACUUCUUUCUUUGUCCUUUGUAGCUCCUUUUUCUUUCAUUGUUGAGAGAGUUGUCUGUCGAACAAUUCUUUAAUAAAAUGUUAUGUUAUUCAGA